GUCAUCCGAGCAUACUUCGCAAUGUACACCUUUGAAGAAAUACAGAGACACAACAAGACCGACGAUGUGUGGAUCGUCCUGCAUAACAAGGUUUACGAUAUCACCAAGUACCUUGAAGAUCAUCCUGGUGGCAGUGCCAUUUUGAUUGAAGUUGCGGGCACCGAUGCUACCGAAGCAUUUGAGGAAACAGGACACUCCGAUGAAGCCCGGGAAGAGCUCGAAAAAUAUCAUAUCGGAGAUCUCCCAACUGAGGAACACGCUGAGACUAUCGAGGUCUACCGCCCGACAUUCGAACAAGUUGCUCAGACAGCAGCAAUCAAUAUGAAAAACAGUUCAAAGAGUCUACUUCACUCUACUGUUUCCACUCUCAUCAAACUCGGUUUCACUGGCGUUUUGGGCGCAGUAACAGUCCACAGCUACCGACAAGGAUGGAGACCAACCCUUGAGUCGCUCAACCAACUGUCCAGCCAUGCCUCCGCUCUCCUCUCCAACCGCUCUACUUCUUCAGGCCAAUUCUGGUCUGGAUUUGGUAUUGCAAGUGUGGCCCAAUUGUCUAUCACAAUGGGUCUGACAAUGUGGCUAUCAACCAAGCUGGACGUCCAGCAAGAGUUCACCCAUUACUCUCCACACCGCACCACACGCACCGACAAGAUCAUCUUCCGAAAGGAAAUGCCUACAGGUAGCAGCAAAAUGAGCAAAUCAAAACACACUCCUCCUCUAGACCCUCGCAAAUGGAAGAAUUUCCCCCUCGCGCGGAAGGACUCGGUCGCACCCAAUGUAUACCGCUUCGUGUUUGGGCUCCCCAAUGCGGACGAUGUCCUGGGUCUCCCCACUGGUCAACACAUUGCGCUGCGCGCGACUAUCAAUGGUCAAAGUAUUUCACGCUCGUAUACCCCCGUCUCAAACAACACCGACUUGGGGCGUAUCGAGCUGUUGGUCAAGGUAUACCCGCGGGGCCAAAUGACAAAACACCUCGAGUCAAUGCAAGUCGGGGAUAUGAUUGAAAUCCGUGGACCUAAGGGUGCUAUGCAGUAUAGUCCUACCUAUGCCAAACAUAUCGGUAUGAUCGCCGGUGGAACGGGGAUCACGCCCAUGUAUCAGCUGAUCCGUGCGAUCUGUGACGAUGAAACCGAUUCGACGCAGAUGAGUCUGCUCUAUGCAAAUAACACGGAGCAGGAUAUUUUGCUACGGAAGGAGCUGGAUGAAUUUGCUAAGCGGUUCCCGAGCAAGUUUCAAGUGCAGUAUGUGCUUUCACAGGCUGGAGAGGGAUGGAAAGGGCAUAAAGGCUUUGUUAGUCCGGAUCUGAUCAAGAAAUACUUGGCACCUGCGGAUGAGACCAACAAGACGCUGUUGUGUGGGCCUCCACCUAUGAUCAAUGCCAUGAAGAAAGCGCUCGGUGGACUCGGGUGGAAGGAGCCUGGGGUUUUGUCCAAGGCUACGGAUCAGGUGUUUUUGUUCUAGUUGAAUGUGAGGAAAUGCAGCUUGUUGGCAGCUGUGUAUCAAUAGAUAGACUGUAAAUGGAAUUGAAAAUCGUGUAUUCACAUUUUGGCUUACAUCGUUGAAGAGUACCCAA